GUCCCGUCUCCCCUGCGGCCCCGCCCCCCGCCGCGAGGAAGGGGCCUGGCACCCAAGGCCUGCAGGGGAGUCGGGCACAGCUCGCGGCACUUUCACGGUCUCGCGUCAGCAAAGGCUCCGGCGCGUGGCACCUUCCCCGCACCCCUCGGCGUCAACAGAGCAGGGCCCUGGGGGCUUCGGCGUCACGCGCACUCCGCGGACGAGACAAAAUACACAAGAUUGUUGCUGUGACUGACAGAAGAAUAUGGCUACAGUUGAACAAACUAUUACAGAUACAAAUUCUUCCUUUUUCAGGUGUCUAAGUUAAGAAAUGUAACACAAUGGCUGUCACAAUAAAAGAAUGUCUGGAGCUGCAGCUGUUGGAAAUGGAAAUGCUUUUUUCAAUGUUUCCUAAUAAAGGAGAACUAAACCUUCAGGACAAAAAUGCGCUCUCUUAUGUGCAGCUGUAUUUGCAAAACAUGAAAGAAGAACUCCCACCUCUGAUAGAAUAUUCCAUUUCUGUUGAUAUUAAUGAGCCAAAGGCAAAAGUGGACUUGCAUGUAUCCUUGCCUCAUAACUAUCCUCACUCAGCACCACAACUAUUUGCAAGAUCAAAUGCACUAGACAGACAAAAUCAGCAGCAGCUCAAUAAACAUCUCCUGUCUCACAUCAGUUCUUUGGAUUCAGGUGAACUGUGUGUAUGUGCGGCUGUGCAGUGGGUAAGAGACAACAGUACAUCUUAUUUCCAAAUCAGCAACAUCUCUUCUGAAACUGUUCCAAAAGAAAAGGCAGUAAAAAUAAUUUUUCAUCGAAUGUGGAUCUAUAGCCAUCAUAUAUACAGACAGGAACUGAAGAAGAAAAUAUUUGAUUGUGCUAAGCAAUUACAUUUGACUGGUUUCUGCUUAACAGGGAAACCUGGUAUCAUCUGUGUGGAGGGGCUCAAAGAAAACUGUGAGGAGUUCUGGCAUGUUAUUAGAUAUCCUAACUGGAAACACAUUUCCUGCAAACAUGUUGAGAGUAUGGAAACUGAAGGAAAGGGGGAUACACUUCGUCUCUUUCAUACUUUUGAAGAUUUACAGUUCCAAGCCCAUGGUGAUUAUGGACUGAGGAAUGACUAUCACAUGGAUCUUGGCCAAUUUUUAGAAUUCCUGAAACAGCAUCAAACUGAACAUAUUUUUCAAAUAUUAUUUGGUAUUGAAGGCAAACAUUCAGAUAACUAAUAGAUUGUAUAAAUAGUUUUAAUUUUGCAGAAUGACUUUUUAAAGUUCAUCCAUGGAUAUUCAAAAAUAAUUGAAUGAAAUUAUAUUAUGCUUAUACCUAUUAUAAUAAGGGAAUAUGUGUAAAGUGAGAAUGGGGAGAAUGUCAAUGGGCAGCUUUGCAUAUACAGUACAUUGCAUGAGACAUAUAUAAGCAUAAUUUGUGUAUUUGUAUUUUCCUAAUAAGGUAUUUUCAUAUACUUGGUUGAUACAAAAGCAGGUCAAAAAAUCAGAAAAAAAAUAUUUUGAAAACCUUGGAUUUUUCCCAGUAAAGAUCGGUUUAAACUGAAAAUCAAGGGGCUUGCACCACACAUGUCUCACUUUGACACUAAAAUGUGUAUUUGAAUGUUUCAGAACACAAAAAUCAGAGAAAAGGAUAAAAUUCAGUAUGUGCUGCAUAUAGUGUAGUCUAAUUACUAAAUGUAAAUAUUUAUAGGCUAAUAGGUCGAAGUCUAUAACAGUAAACUAUUUAUUCAAAUACAAUUUUAUUUGGAA